AUGGCGACGCCAGCACACGUCAUCGCGGCCGUCCAGGCUGACUUGGGUAGAAGCCGCCAAGAAGAGCUUCCGCUGAGUAACGAGGACAAGCGAGGACGAUCGUACAUCCCUCCGCCGGUCGACGAGUCAAAAAACUAUGAUCCACAGAUCAAACAGCUCCUAAAAAGCAAAUGGUCCACUGCGAUUGCCGAUGAGGAAUCUGAGCAGAUGGUUGGUUUGACGAACCUCAACGCUCGACCAUGGGCAUCAUCAGGAUAUCAAGCACCUUCGCUAUUUGUGAUCCCGAAAAGCACACCGCCGGCUGCCCCCCGACCAGCUGUAUCCCAACUAGCUGCAUCUCAACUAGCUGCAUCUCAACUGGUCGCACCGCCCGCCGCUACGCCUCCAAAUCCCACACCCACGACACCAAGCAAACCGGCCCAAAACCACGUUCUAGAUGCCGGGAAAUGCCAUGUUUCCAUGUACGAAGGAAGCGUACUUGUCCCAGACGCAAACUUUUGCGUCGCUGUCAGUGUUCACAACGAUGCGGCAUUUUUCAUGUUAACAGCGCCCGGUAAGCCACCUGUGUGUCUGAACGUUUUGGACAUCGAAGCACCAAUUAUUUACGGCACUGCCUGCAUUAUCAAGACGCGGCAUACCAACGGAAAGACGCUAGAGUACACAAUCAAGCCGCUUGCUCCAUCAACAGCGGAAAAUCUUGCGCGAGUGCUGGAGAAUAUCCAGAUUGCUCUUCGAAAGGCGUUGAAACUCAGCCCGCCGCCGAAACCACCAUCUGCGCCAUCGACACCAUUUGUGAAGACUGUGCCAGCAAAGGCCUCCGCAGCGGCAUUUGGCUCAGCGCCACCGACCCGGUCCCUCAUAUGCGACGACUCGCCAGAGUCGUCGCCAGAGCCAUCUCCGCAUUUUACAAAGAACCAGCUCGUCGAAGUGACCGCCAAAAAGCCCGGCGGAAACCCGACAGUGAAGCUCGAUGAUGUCAUCAACAACAUCAGCGUCACUGUACGGACCGCGUACUGUCAAUUAACGGGCUGCUCCAUGCCCAUUCUUCCAACUGACUCGGAUGCGGACGAGACGAAGCGCGGCCUCUUGGAAAUCUUGCGAUUCCUCGGAGCAUUGCAGCUCAAGAAAUCCGCUGCGCGGGCCCCGUUGAUGUGCAGCCAGACCAUGGACGCCUUGAAGACGAUUGACCGCGGCAUUAAAAACAACGGCGGCAGUGCAAGCUAUAGCGCCUCCGAGAUGAUGGGGCUCAGGAAAGAUGCGGUGGUACCCACGGCGAUCAAUGUGCCUCAGGAGAUCAAGGUGCCCACGGGGGCCAAAAUGACUGCGGAGACCAAGGUCAAGAAGGGCCUUUCGAGCUCUCUCUGGGCAUAG